AGCGCAUUCGUUGUAGGGGUGACGUUAUGAUCCAAUAUGGCGGACAAAUUUAUUGAGUUGAUGCGAAGCUAGUGGAAAUUUGGUUUAAAUAACCCUAAACUUUAUUUCUUAAUCACUUUUGAAUAGCUAAUUCGGCUAUUAUAGAAAUUGUGAACAUUAGCAUGCCUUUAUGGAUGAUUACAUUUUCACUUUAAAUGUAAAAACCUAUUGAAGAGUAGCAGGUAACAUGCGAGCUAGGUUAGCUAUUAUUAGCAUAGAAUAACUCCUCGCAUUAUUCUUUGAUUAAGAUAAAUUCAUCUUCACGUUGAAACAAUGUUGGGAUAUCUGACAGCAAGACAAGCUGGUGUGGAUGACCCUCUGCGAUUGAGACGUGCCGAGUCAACGAGAAGGGUCCUCGGUCUGAAGUUAAAUCCUGACAGAGAUGUGGACAGAAUCCAUGGAAAUGGCAUCAACACUAUUGACAUUGACGCAAUAGAGGGCAGAUAUAUGUUGUCGGGAGGAGCAGAUGGAGUGAUUGCCAUCUAUGACCUGGAGAACUUCAGCGGGAAACAGCAGUACACCUGCAAGGCUGUUUGUACAGUGGGCAGGUCGAGUCGGCAUGUCCACAAAUUCAGUGUUGAGACUGUCCAGUGGUAUCCGUAUGACACAGGCAUGUUUGUCUCCAGUUCCUUUGACAAAACCAUGAAAGUCUGGGACACAGAAACACUGAAGCCUGCUGAAGUCUUUGAUUUUGAGGGGAACGUCUACAGCCAUCAUCUGUCCCCCAUUGCCAAGAAGCACAGUCUCAUUGCAGUUGGCACCAAAAACCCUAAAAUCCAGCUGUGUGACCUGAAGUCUGGGUCACGGAUUCAUGUUCUUCAGGGUCACAGAGCAGAGGUGCUGUCUGUGAGGUGGUCACCAAGAUAUGAGCACAUCUUAGCGUCUGCCAGUGCAGACAGCAAAGUGAACGUGUGGGAUGUGCGCCGGGCUUCUGGUAGUCUCUUCACGCUGGACCAGCACAAUGGAGACAAGUCAAAAGCCUCCUCUGAGGCAGUCAACACAGCUCAUAAUGGCAGAGUGAACGGCCUGUGCUUCAGUGGAGACGGCCUCUACCUCCUCACCACUGGCACUGAUGACCGAAUGCGACUGUGGAAUAGUGCCACAGGGGAAAACACACUGGUAAACUACGGGAAGGUCUGCAACGAGAGCCGAAAAAGGCUACAGUUCACGGUGUCACGCGGCUGCAGCCCAGAGUUCGUGUUUGUGCCGUGCGGCAGCUCGGUCGCAGUGUACGCCCUCCACACAGGAGAGCUGGUCACCAUGCUCAGGGGUCACUACAACAAUGUCGACUGCUGCGAGUUCCACCCAGACUACCAGGAGCUGUAUAGUGGAGGAAAAGACUGUAACAUCCUUGCCUGGGUUCCUGUUAUACGUGCCUCAGAUUUGGAAGAGGAGUCCGACAGUGCCAAAAAGGGUUCUGCCGGCCAGUCCUCAGUGAACCCUGCCUUUCAGGAUGCAUGGAGCAGUGAUGAAGAUUAAUACUGGUGUUUUGCAUGUGUGGAUAAAGGGACAUGCGGGUGUUUGAGCAUGCAAAUGGCCACACGUGCUUCUGCAAUAACUUGUCAGAAAAGACAUGUCGAGGGACGCUUGUGGGAAGUUCCUCCUGUCACACUUGCAGCCAACGAUGACAGCUUAUGAAAUUAGCUGUGUAAAUAAUUGUUGUACUUGAUCAAUAUGCACAAUGUUAUGAAUAAUGUCUGUUUUUGUACUUUUGAUAUAAACAUUCUUUCUGUUUUGUAGUUGAUUUGUUGAAUGUAAAGUCAGCACUGUUACUGCUAUGCAGAGCAUGCAUGUUGCAAUGUUCAUCAUAAACUUGGUGUAGAACAGA